UCAGUGAUUAUACUCCACGCAUUUAUAUUGGACAACGGCUCUGUCCAUCAAAUACGAUAUGAGUGUUUUUCAGUAUGAGCUAAAAAAAUAGGUUCUGGAAAAAUGUCUACAGUGCCUGAUGGCAAGAAAUUGGUCCGAAGCCCAAGUGGACUUCGAAUGGUCCCGGAGAAUGGAGCGUUUAACAGCCCUUUUUCGUUAAAUGAACCCCAGUGGGUCCCGGACAAAGAGUGCCCAAGCUGUAUGCAGUGUGACAAAAAAUAUGACUUCCUUACAAGAAAGCACCACUGUCGGCGGUGUGGCCGGUGUUUCUGUGAUAAGUGCUGCAGUAAAAAGGUGGCUCUGCCCAGGAUGUGCUUCGUCGACCCAGUCCGGCAGUGUGGCGAGUGCAGCCUGGUCUCCCAGAAGGAAAUGGACUUCUAUGACAAACAGCUCAAAGUGCUUAUGGGAGGUGGUUCUUUUAUUGUCACUUUUGGCACCUCAAAGACGUCUGAGACCAUGAUGUGUCGUCUCUCCAACAACCACAGGUAUCUUUUCUUUGAUGGGGAGAGCCAUUUUGAGGUGGAACUGUCUCGGAUCUCCAGUAUGCAGGUGUUGACGGAGGAGUCCACUCCUGAAGAGAAUGACAUUCACACUUACACAAGUCUGCGGGACAGUCAGUAUAUCUCUGAAGGGGGAAACUCCAGGGCCAGUGGCAUGUUGCUCCAUUACAAACCCACUGGCUCUCAGGACCCCCAGCAGUUACGCAUGGAGGCAGCAGACGACAAGAAGACUGCCUCCUCAUGGCUGGCUGCUAUGCACAAGGCUGCCAAACUGCUGUAUGAAGCUCGGGACCGGUGACUCAUUGCUAAGAUGCCCAGAGCCUGAGAGUGAUGGCACAGACCAAGUGUUUUCUUUCCUACCCUUCCGUCUCACAUUCUCUAAAUGCUGACAGUUCAAUGGAUUGUGACUGAAAUGCACUAUUUGGCCAACCACCCAUCUAAUGCUGCUAUUCUUAAUUCUAUCAAAUACAUAAGCCAUUUGGCAUAACCAUUUCCCUUCACGUAACGCUUUUAAGGUAAUUUGUUAUGUGAUCUGUGACAUAGUUCAAGUUAAGUUUCUUUGUACAUGCUGUCUAUACUCUACUUUCAGUGCUGGCAGAUUUGGAUCCUUAUCCCUUCCUUAGGGAUCCACAGAUUAUUCACUGAUUCUAGUGGUAUAUACACACACACACGUAUGUGGACACCCCUUCAAAUAAGAGGAUUCGGCUAUUACAUCCAAAUCCAUUGCUGACAGGUGUAUAAAAUCGAGCGCACAGCCAUACAAUCUCCAUAGACAAACAUUGGCAGUAGAAUGGCCUUACUAAAGAGCCCGGUGACUUUCAACGUGGCACCGUCAUAGGAUUGCCACCUUUCCAACAAGUCAGUUCGUCAAAUUUCUGUCCUGCUAGAGCGGCCCCAGUCAACUGUAAGUGCUCUUGUGAAACGUCUAGGAGCAACAACGGCUCAACCGCAAAGUGGUAGGCCACACAAGCUCACAGAACUGGACCGCUGAGUGCUGAAGCGCAUAAAAAUCAUCUGUCCUCGGUUUCAACAUUCACUAUCGAGUUCCAAACUGCCUCUGGAAGCAACGUCAGCACAAGAACUGUUUGUCGGGAGCUUCAUGAAAUGGGUUUCCGUACAGAUCACCAUGCGCAAUGCCAAGCGUUGGCUGGAGUGGUGUAAAGCUUGCUACCAUUGAACUCUGGAGCAGUGGAAAGCGUUCUCUGGAAUGAUGAAUCACGCUUCACCAUCUGGCAGUCCGUUGGAUGAAUCUGGGUUUGGCAAAUGCCAGGAGAACUCUUACCGUCCCCAAUGCAUAGUGCCAACUGUGAAGUUUGGUUGAGGAGGAAUAAUGGUCUGGGGCUGUUUUUCAUGGUUCGGGCUAGGCCCCUUAGUUCCAGUGAAGGGAAAUCUUAACACUACAGCAUACAAUGACAUUCUAAACUAUUCUGUGCUUCUGACUUUGUGGCAACAGUUUGGGGAAUGUCCUUUCCUGUUUCAGCAUGACAAUGCCCUCAUGCACAAAGCGAGGUCCAUACAGAAAUGGUUUGUUGAGAUCGGUGUGGAAGAACUUGACUGACCUGCAGAGAGCCCUGACCUCAACCCCAUCGAACACCUUUGGGAUGAAUUGGAACGCCAACUGCGAGCCAGGCCUAAUCGCCGAACAUCAGUGCCUGACAUCACUACUGCUUGUGGCUAAAUGGAAGCGAGUUCCCGCAGCAAUGUUCCAACAUCUAGUUGAAAGCCUUCCCAGAAGAGUAGAGGCUGUUAUAGAAGCAAAGGGGGGACCAACUCCAUAUUAAUGCCUGAUUUUGGAAUGAGAUGUUCGACGAGCAGGUUUCCACGUGUGUGUGUGUGUGUGUGUGUGUGUGUGUGUGUGUGUAUACACACACAGUUUAUUAAAUUCUUUAAAUGUAGUCCCAUACAUAGAAUUUUUGUAUAAACUAUUUUGUUAAAUAUUCCUAUUUUAACACAAUGCGGUGUAUGUACUUUUUACAGCUAAAAUAUUUAGUAUAGUUUUUGUAGCAGUUGUAUAAAAAAAGUUUAUUCCUACACUACAAGAUGACUUAAACAUUUUGUUUUCAUGUUGGGUUGGUUUACUUUUAUUAAAUUAAUUGCACAGCCACAACACCAACAGUCUAACCCUUAAUCUAAGGGUACAAUAUGCUGUUUAAUGUUACACUUUUACUCUUCUGUUUUGUUGGCUUAUAUCUAACGUAUUAUGCUUCACAUACCAAAUAAAAUACUGUAAUGACCUGACUAGAACAUAAAGGAACAAUUGUCCAGACAGAGGUUUGAGUUUACGAAUUGACGGUUUAUUAACCCUACUAAUAUUUUUGACCAAAUAUUAUUUGUAUUAUCAAACCAGAGAAUUGUGGACAUUUAGCCGGAAUCUAGAAGGUUGCUGAUAUUCCUUUUUUAAUUUUUUUAUCAGGACUGCUCCCAAGUAGGCUGCACAUAGUUCACAAGAAUGUUGUCUAAUGCCCGUUGUCCACCAAAUAAAUGCAUAUGCGUUUUGUUUUUCCGGAAGUCUAGCCCGUAUUUACCGUACUUGACACACAUGUACUUUGCUUUUUACAGACUCCAACUAGCUAGCUUUUAUCUAGUUGUACUUCCGUUUGUACCACCGCACUGUAAAGCCACGAACGAGUUGAACAUAUUAUACGCAUGCGGUACACAGAACUCACCGCAGCCUAGUGGUACCCCCCAACGUAGCAAUGCGGACUGCUCCAUUGACAAUGAAUUACUUCUGCCGGAACUCAGUGGGCAUGAGGCGUAAGAUGCAUUACUAUCUGCAUUCACAACAUUUUCUGUAUAUCCUUGCCUACGGUUCAGGCUUAUUUCAAUGCCCCGAUGCUGGACAUAUAAACUGUUUCUGCAUGAUGCAGCAGUUUUUGAGAUGGCCAGACUUAAUUAUUUCUGAUAUUUACAUUCAGUGUUCACUCAAGUUGAAAUUGGUAGUUUUGCACUAGAUGGCAUUGUCAAAUUGACACAUUUAGCAGUUAUGGUAAGUACCACUGCUCUUUAUGGUCUCCCUUUGUACAGUCACUGUCAUAAUAGUAAUCCUAUUACAAUCUCUAAUAGUAUGUCAAGAAAUGUCCAUUAUUUUAACUCAAUAAAUUUAAUUGUAACUCUUUUCUCAUAAAUUGUAUUUACAAAUAAUGA